GCGCUACGGCAGGGAGCGCGCGGGGGCCGCUGGGGGAUGUAGGCCGCGGGGCGCGAGGGGAUCUCGUGUGGCGAUGCCAUGGCGGCCCCCGCGCGGCCCUGGAGCGUGGAGGAGCUGCGGAGCGAAGCGCUGCCCAAGAGGGAGAUCAUCCAGUUCCUGCAGCAGCAGGCGGCCCACGGGUUCCUCGCACAGCACAAGUUGCUCGGGCAGGUAAAGAACGUGGCCAAGACAGCCAGCAAGGAACAGCUAAUUACCGCUUACAACCAGCUCUUUGAAACACAGAGCUUUAAGGGCACGGAGAGUGCAGAAGACGUGGCGGAGCAGGUCAAAAAUGUCAAGAUUGAGGAAGAAAAGCCCAAAGAAACAAAGCCCGAGGAAGCGGUGAGUGAGGGCCCCCCCAAAUAUGCCAAGUCCAUUCUGAAGAAGGGGGAUAAAGUCAACUUUCCCAAAAAGGGCGAUGUCGUCCACUGCUGGUAUACUGGGAAGCUGCAAGAUGGAACGGUAUUCGAUACGAAUAUUCAGUCCAGUUCCAAGAAAAAGAAAGCGUCGAAGCCGCUGAGCUUCAAAGUCGGGGUUGGGAAAGUGAUCCGAGGCUGGGAUGAAGCUCUGCUGACCAUGAGCAAAGGGGAGAAGGCUCACCUGGAAAUCGAACCCGAAUGGGCUUACGGGAAGAAAGGGCAACCAGAUGCCAAGAUUCCACCAAAUGCGAAACUUUUUUUUGAGGUUGAAUUGGUGGAUAUUGAAUGAUGGGACUUUUUCUUCUUCCAAGACUGGGCAGCCGUGACGGUUUACGUCCAGGGGAAACGAUUGUGGCCUUGUAAUCCCCCUGCCCCCCCCCCCCAAUCCGGUGGCUUUAGUGCCAGUCUGAAGACUUCCUGGAGGGGGGAUUUUGCCUUUGCUUGCUGUUCUACAGAAUGUCAUAAAAAGUCUCCUGUGCGGGAAA